AUGUCCCGUCUAGCGCUAUCGUCGGCUACGCGUCGCCUCCAACAGUCAACAACGCACUGCCAGCGCCCAUUCUCAACCACCCGGUUCUUCUCCGCAUUAUCCAAACCAUCCAUUUCCGGAAGUUCGUCGAUUUACAAUCCCGAUGCCAAUUCGUUUUCCGCCUCAAGGACCCGCUCGAACCAGUAUACUCUUCGCAGAGUGAAUUUUUCUUCUUUAGGUGUGCUGCGGCACCGCGCGUUUUUAUCAUCGACUGUCCGUCCGUCCGCCAAGGUUGUGCAGAAUGCGCGGAAUGAUGAGGAGGGGAAGCCAUUGUUGGUUGGGAUUUCGGAGAGGGCUGCCGAGCGCCUCCGCGAAAUCACAGACCCAACCACCUCGCCCACCACCACAAAAGCCGAAAACCCCUACCACCACCUCCGCAUCACCGUAACCUCCGGCGGCUGCCACGGCUUCCAAUACAUGAUGUCGCUCGAAGCGGCGUCCAAGAUCGACGCCGAAGAAGACACUGUUUUCGAAGCCGAGGCCUCCGUUGGCCCUGAAAGUGGCGAGGCGUUGGUUGUUAUGGAUGGGCCGUCGCUGGAGCUAUUGUCAGGGAGUACAGUGGAUUAUACGACGGAGUUGAUUGGGAGUCAGUUUAAGAUUGUGGAUAAUCCGCGGGCGACGAGUAACUGUGGGUGUGGGACGAGUUUUGAUGUUAAUGUUUAG